AUGCAUCUUAUCCUUACAGGCGCUACCGGCUUGGUGGGCUCUAGUGUCCUGGAUGCCAUGCUCAAGUCAAGCACGGUCACCAAGAUAUCCAUCUUGAGUCGAAGACCUGUGCCUAUGGCGGCAGAAGACCCAAGAGUCAACACCAUUAUUCAUACUGACUUCAAUACGUAUGGACCGGAGGUACUUGACAAGCUGCAGGGCGCCAAUGGAGUGGUCUGGGCUCUAGGUAUUAGCCAGCUCAAGGUCACGAAAGAAAAUUACAUCACAAUUACGAAAGACUUUGCCCUCGCCGCAGCAAAAGCCUUUUCUACUCUUUCUCCAGAGCGAGAGCCUUUCCGUUUCAUCUACGUUUCCGGCGGUGGUGCAACCAUAGAGCCAAAUGCUCUGACUCCGUUCUACGGUCGCAUCAAAGGCGAAACUGAGAUCGCGUUGUCCAAACUACGCACGUCACGUUUCCAUAUCGAAUCGGUUCGUCCUGCUGGGGUAGACGCCUCCAACCACGCUGCGAUCAAGCCGUACAUUCCGGAUCCUGGAUUAGUCUACAACGCGAUGGGUAUUGUCCUAGGUCCCCUCAUGCGGACAGUGUUACGGCCCCUUCAUAGUCCUACAGAGCAGCUGGGGCUAUUUUUAGUUGGAAUGGCGAUGGGAAUGUAUGAUAACCAAUUGGAGGUGGGAGGGAGCGGUGUCACAAAUCUAGAUGGCUCCAGGAUUCUAGAUAACUGGGCAUUUAGGAGGCUAUAUGUCUAG